UCUCUCUCUCUCUCUCUGUAACUGGUUACUUUUUCCUCCUCAUAUUUAACUACCUUUUAUCCUUUCCCAUCCUCCUGCAGCCGUCCACCUGGAUUGUUUCACCAGAGUCAGGUCAGGCUGCACGACUGAGCUGAGAGCUUCUCACUGUUUGAUGGUACAUACCUUAUGAUACCGAGUUCACUGCCCCGGUUCCUGUGACCUGUACCGUUGGGUGACCUCGUGUGACCCGCGGGGCCGUCAGACCAGCCCUAAUAACGCCAUGUCAGGCCUCGUUACGACCCAUCGGCCGUAGUCGUGCAUGACAAAGCUGGAUAGCUGAGCUAAUAUACGGGGUGCCUGGGAGCGAAGCAGUGCUUCACUGUGAGCGGAGCGGGCCGGUCGGCUCGGCCGGCGCUUCGCUACGGACGAGGGCAGUCGGCGAGGAACAGCGAGGGAAGAAGUGUGUACCUGGUGUCUGCCGAUAGACGAAGAGAGUCUCCCUGGCGCCUACGAAAGUCGUUUGACCGUCUAUCCACGCUUCUGUGUUGACGUCUACCGAGAAACGCAGCUCGUCAGUAGACAUUACACACAUCCAGUGGCGAGUGUACUGUGUAGUGUCGGUGUUGCGUCGUCCACAGUGAGGUCGCCUGGUGUUGUGUUGGCUCAGUCGUGGUGUAACGCAGUGGCUGUUCGAGUGGAGUCCAGUGGCCAACAGCAGUGUCCGCUCCUGUGCGUCACCUGCUCGUCACACAAACAGUUGCGUGCGCGUCCGUCACGCCCGUGACUUCGAGCAUUCCCAUCACACCAGCCACCUGUCUAUAAUAACAAAAUAAUCUCUGAUCUCCCAUCCACGAGCCAAUCAGAACGCACGCUCUCAGGAAGCGGGUCGCUGUCCCGCAGCCGUAUCCACACGCAUACGAGUCGAUUUAUUCACGGUGACGACAGGGGCCGGCGGCUGGGAACUCUCCCCGGGACUCAGCUGGGCCAGGUUGAGGGCGGUGCGGCGGCGCUUCCUGCGUCCCACAGUGACCGCCGUGGCCGGCCAGCCAGGCCGCUGCACUUUCACCGUCUCUCCCGGUCGAGCGCUGUCUCCACUGGCCGGCAGAAUACUCGCGGAACUAGCGGCGCGAGCGGCGCGCGAGCCGACGUGCGAGCGCGAGUGGGGUGCGAGAGGUGCGCGUUUUGCUAGUCAGAGUGGAUCGAAACUUUGUGGCAAAUUACGAGAUUUCCUUAUGCUAAAAGCGUCAUUUAGCUGCAGUUUGAAUGCGUUGAUCAGGAUGAGACGGGUGCAGUGAAGUCAAAACGUCUACCGCAAUCCGUUUUUUGUGGUCAGACAGUACGUGUGGCGCGCGGUCCGCGGUGGUUAGACAGUGAUGGAGCCACUGACGGUGAUCAGGAGGGCUGCUGCAGUCGCCACUCUUCUGACACUGCUCUUCUCGUCCUGCCAUUCAAACGACGUCCGUGACCGGGCCAUCGACUUCUUCAGCCUGCUGAAGAACCAUCUUCUUCCACAACAGCCGACGGAGCCGGACCCCAGUGCCAGCAGCGCUCAGCACACGGAGGUCCGUGGUAACUGUCUUCACGAAUACUACGCCGUGCAGCCGGGCGUUCCACUGACACUGACCUCCACCAACUACCCGGGUCCGUACCCGCCCAACGAGUGCAGGAAGCUGGUACUGACGCCGACUGACGCCUACACCUCCGUGGUGAUGGUCUGCACAGAUGUGGACACGUUCGGGACGGGUGUGCUCGGUCGGGUGACCGGGGACAUGCUGGAGUUCCCCGGUGCGGUGGUAAACAGGAAGGUUCAUACCGUGUAUGGCGUGGAUGUGACGCAGUGUGCGGCGGUACCGUUCACCAGGCGCGCGGCGCCCGGACAGGCGCUCAAGAUGGGUUUCUUCUCGGACGACUUUGUGCAGCGGCGCGGGUUUUCGUGCCAGGUGUGGGGUGCGGCGGUGCAGAGGCCGCCGCAGGGUCUGGUGGAGUAUGAGUCCGGUCCGAGCGGGUCGGAGGGAACGAUAGGACCACAGCAACAUCAACAACAUCAGCAGCAGGGAUCGCAGAACAACUUCCAGCCACAGGGAGUACAGCACCAGCAACAGCAGCAGUUUCAGCCCCAGCAGUUCCAGCCGAGUCAGCAGCAUCAGUUCCAGCAACAAGAGUUUCAACCUCAGGAACAGUUCCAACAGCCAUUCCAGCAGCAGCAGUUCCAACAGCAAGAGUUUCAGGAGCAGUUUCAGCCCCAGCCAGAUCAGCAGGAGUUCAAGGAGCAGGCGCAGCGACCUGUCGAUACACAGUCCCUUAUCACCGGCGGCUUUCAGCAGGUCCUUCCACUGCUUAACAUCCCCGGCUACCGUCGUCCGACCCCGGGCGGUGGUAACGCCCCUGCGCCUCCGCGACGUCCCAACAUCGGCGCCCUACAGGGACUGGCCAGUCUGUUCGUCCCCUACUCGGCGCCCCGGCAGAGCAGGCCAGCGCGACCACCGUCGAGACUCCGCGGCCCCUCGCGCGGCUCCAGGGGAGGCUCGAGGAACCCGAGGCGCCUGCGGAGGCCGAUCCAGAGGGUGGCCCACCACCACCCGGCGGGGUACAUCAGGUUCCCGAACGAGAGACGCCGACGCCGCAGGUCGCUCGCAGAACUGCUGAAGGCGAGGAUUUUGACGGGAGAUUCGGACAUACAGAGCAUCGCGACAUCCACCGAAGGACAGGCGCCGGUGUUGUCGGACGAACCUAGCGACUGGAGUGCUGUGUUUGUCGACGACGACCAGCUCGAGGUCGAGCCCGCUCCUCCCAGUCAGUCCGCUGAGCACAUCCCUCCUCACCAGGACUCCGGCGGAUUCACUCCUCCGGAGAAGGUGGAGUACAUCUUCACACCUAUCCGGUUCUCCGCUCCGUUCGAUCCGGAGAAGGGGCCGCCAGCCUUCUUCCGGAGGGAGCGCGUCACCAGCAACACCACCGAGUCUCCGCUGAAGGUGGUGCCGUACGUGGUGACGCCUCAUCCUGUGGUGCUCCACGCCACUGCUGAUGGUGCGCAGGUCAUGUCACAUCUGCGUCCCCCGCGUCCGAAGCAGUUCCCCACCACGCCACAGCCAUGGGGACAGAGGCUGUCACGUCGGCCCGUGGUCACGAGCAAGGCGCCAGGGGUGAUCGAACAGUCUCAGACACAGGAAACAACGGCAGAAAAUGCUCCAACUUCUCAGUCAGAGGAAUCGGGUGCAGAUAAAUCCACGCAACGUCCCGUGACAGAAGCGACAUUAACGACAGAGCGGUCAGUGAAUGAAGCGACCCAGACCACCCUCGACAGGAUAGACGAGAGCGUCCCGGAGGAUGCAAACAAUGCAGAUGAGUCCAAAGAAGGUUCAAGGAGAGUGGAUGUGCCUGAUGAAGACGUUACUAUUGAUGGCCAGAAGGGUAACAGGAAGAAGGGCUCCAGUCAAAAGAGCAAAAAUGAACAGAAGAACGUAGACGCAGCUAAGCAGCCGGUGAGAAGGGUGGACACUCCCAGUCCCAAACCUAAACCCAAGCCACAGAGGCCAAAGGAGAAGCAAUCUGUUCCUGACGUGGAUCGACCAAACGAAGAGGGCUGCGGCCUGGCCGGGCCGGCCGUUCAGGCCCGCGUGUUUGGAGGAGAGGACGCUCUACCGGGCAGCUACCCGUGGGUCGUCUACCUGGUCUCUGACUCUCCAAAGUCCACCACAAAAACCACCUACUGCACGGGCAGUCUGAUCUCCCGCCGCUGGGUACUGACGGCCGCACACUGCGUCGACUACGCUGUCACCACGACCAUCAGCAUGGGCUACUUGGACGUCUCCAAGGAGACCAACCUGACACUGAAGAUGGAGUCGAACGACUACCGUGUGCACCCGUACUGGACCCGUCUGGCCAAGGAGCACGACGUGGCGCUGGUGCGACUGCCACGGGACGUCACGUGGACGGAGCACGUGCGGCCCAUCUGUCUGCCGCGCCGCUCCGAGGUCGGAAACACGUUCGUGGAGGCACGUGCCGAAAUCUGCGGAUGGGGGAAGACAUACAAUGAUCAGAAGGGCGGCAGUUUCGUGCUGCAGCGGGCCGAGGUCCCCAUCAGAAGCAACUGCGACUGCAUGGCCUCGUUCCCCAUCAACAUGACACCGCUGAAGAUCUGCUGCCACGGACGCUUCCACUCGCCCUGUCAGGGCGACUCGGGCGGCCCGCUGCAGCUGCGGAGGCACGGCCGCUACACUCUACUGGGGGUGAGCAGCUUCACCAGCGCCCAGGGCUGCGAUGUCGGUAUGCCGGCCAUCUAUACCCGCGUCACGGCCUACCUGGACUGGAUCGAGGAUAACAGCGGCCUGGUGGUGUCGCUGUAGGACUAUGAAGGUCUGGUAGUGCCGUUCUGAGGACAACAGCGGUCUGUUGGUGCCUCUGUAGGAAAACAGCGGUCUGGCGGUGCCUCUGUAGGAAUAUGAAGGUCUGAUGGUGCCGCUCCGAGGGUACUGCGGACUAUUAUUGCCACUCUCAAGGUACAGUAACAUAGUGGUGCCGCUGUAGGACAAAAAAAAAGGCCUGCUGAUGCCGGUACUUAUGAGGAUGGCAGAGGGAACGGGGUCAAUCUUAGCAUGAUGGGAGUGGAAAUAUAGGAUUAACGAAGGCCUGAUAAAAGACUGGUGUAAUGUGCAAAAAUCUUUUGUUUGUUUUUCGAGCAAAGCACAAGGAAAGAAUUUGUCGUCGGAUACUGCUCAUUUUGUUAUUAAUUUGGUAUUGGGCUACAUAAGAGACUUUGUUAGAUAUAUUUUGUAUUGUGGAAAUGUCGUGUGGUGUCUUUUGUUGUGUUUAUCAAUCGUUUAUAUCAACCGUUUCCUCUGUUUUAUUGUGGGCGCAUCGUUGUAUGGUGAGAGCCGUCCAUAUUGUGAGAGCCGAGAUGACGGGACGUUUAGGGUGCUGGUGGCAUUGGGUGGCGUUGUUCGCGAGUUUGUUUUUACAAAUGCCACUGUUAUGUUUUAGUGUUUUGGCUCAAUGGACUAUGGAGUGAGUAGAGGCUAAUGAGGGUGUCAAGUAAAUGUGCUGUCAGGUUGAUGUGUGCUGCUUCUGAAAGCACUGCGUCGGCUAUUGUUUUGCGAAAUGCUCAAUAUACCAGUUCGA